ACCAGCGCCUCCUGUAUUUUUUCUGUGCCUGCCGCGUGAGCGCCGCGGCGACCGCCGAGCCCUCUCCCAUUACUCUCUCGAUUUCGCCCCUAGACGCCGCUUGGCGGCGCUGCGUUAUUACCCUCUUGCAGACGACGCUCUCCGCCGCUCGCGCUCCGGCCUUUGGCGCUUUUUCUGUCAUCUGCUAAAAAGAAGCGCGAACAUUGUUCGGAGUUGUUGCCAUCAAAUUAAAAGAAGUAGUAUUCAUGUGUAAAUAAGAAUAAAGGUGAAAUAAAUUGUCAGUAUGACUCUUACCGGAGUGAUAAUUCGCGUGGCAGUUACCUUGCAGACGACAAGUUUAACUCGUCGUUUGGUCGCAGAGGCAGUUGUAGGCCUGUCUGUUUGCUUCAGUGGGGAUGUCCUCCUGCCUUUUCAUCGGUCACUAUGCGCUGCUGUUGCGUUCCGUUCUGCACUUCUAGCCAGCGAAAGAAAGAAGCAGGAGUGUCCUUUCACGAGAUACGAGUGAACACUGAGCUACGUGAACGAUGGCUACGAGUUAUUGCAAGAAAGAACUGGGUGCCGAAUUCCACCUCAAAUUACUCGGCCGUGUGCAGCCUACAUUUUGUGGAAGCUGACUUUCGUGAAAAUACUAAGAGGCGUAUGCUAAAGCCUGAUGCGGUGCCUAGUGUGUUUCCUCAUUAUCCAUCGUACAUGAAGAAGGAGCCACCUAAGGAGAGAAGCUGCAGCGGCAUACAGAAGAGAAAGCGUGAUUCUUCGACGGACACGUUGGCAAGUCUGCCAAGUCAAAAAAUCGAUUCGCGCCCUGCAUCGGCGCCAGAAGUUCGCGCGGACACGCCUAAAGAAGUCGCUGAGCCCAGUGGCUGGCAACAACCAGAAAGUGUUUCUUCAAGCGACAUCCAAGACUUGCCUUUUGUGACAGCGGCUAGUGACUACUGUCAGUCCGCAAACAUCCUUGAGCCACCAGAUGCGCAGCCAGCGGAAGAGGGUGCAGGCGCGCGUGCCUUGAGGUCAGUUGGUGUUCAAGCCGACAGUAGGAGUACCGCAUCAGCCUUUUUGGAGCGAAAAAAAUGGCGCGAGAAGGAAAGAGCAUGGAAGCAACGAAAUGAAAGACUGCAGGCAACAGUCGAUGCCUACAAGAAGGGGCUGCAGCAAUUGAAGGAAGAGUGCAACGUGAGCAAAUUUCUUCAAGUGGCCAGGGACUCAGAUCAGGGCAGCACUAAAGCCAGAGUCGUUAUGGAUCAAGUGCUAAAUUACAAGGCGAAAAAACCGAAGUGGUGUGAAACCAGUAUACGACAGUGUAUAAUUUUGCGGAACCUCUCAACAAAGUCGUGUGAAUAUAUAAGGACAGAGCUCCACGCGCUCCCGUGCAGAACUACGCUUCAAAAGUACCUAGGAACUACUGUCGGAGAAAUAGGUUUCAGUGAACUAGUGAAGCAAAGGCUCAACGCUGAAAUGGAGUGCCUCAGAGCGGAGCAGGCCAAAAUGUGCAGCCUCGUCGUAGAUGAAAUGAGGAUCAAGCAAAGGCUUGAAUACAACAAACAAAGAGAUGUUUUCCUGGGCGAUGUAGACAUGGGUGCUCUGAACAAAGUUUUGUCCGACUCGGAAAGGAGCGAACUAGCGAACUCGCUUUUGUGCUUCUUGAUCUGUGGCCUUCAUGCUAGGUUCCGGAUCCCAGUGGGAUACUUCUUUACCAGAGCAUGCACUGUUGAACUACUUGCGGAAACCACCAAGCACGUCAUCAGAAAAACUGAACAAUUGGGAUUUGAGAUAGUUCGAGUUGUGACUGACAACCAUAAAAUAAACGUUGCUGCAAUGGAGAUAUUAUCAGGUGGGCAGCCGAAAACCCAAGUACCUCAUCCUGCCGACCCAAGCCGCAGUUUGUUUCUGGCAUUCGAUCAAAGUCACAUCCUAAAAAACAUCCGAUCGCAAUUUCUGGCAUGAGAAUUGGGAAGAAAUGGCGAAAUUUCGUCAAGCUACAUAAAGGACCUCUACAAGAUGCAGCGGGGCUCGAUUCUCAAGCCGGUCCGUUUCCUUACGAGGAAACACCUCUAUCCGUCGAACAUCGAAAAAAUGGGAGUGAAGCCUGCCGUCCACUUGUUUUCAGCAGCCGUGACAGCGGCUUUGUCCUUCAUGAAAGAUGAUGCAGGGCACACGUGCGACGCAAAGUUCACCAGUGUCGGCCCAACUGUUGAGUUCAUGAAUAACGUGAGCAGAUGGUUUACUCUCAUGGACGUCAGCAAUUGCCAGCAGCAUAUUCACCAGAACUACCCGGACACCAGGGAGUUUGCUGAUCCUGAGGACUCCAGACUUCAUUGGCUAGAACUUGUUUUUUUAGAAUACGUUGAACAGCUGAAGGCGGCAAGUGCACCAAUGAACUUCCUGACCAAAGAAACUCACCAUGCACUAGUAUUCACCACUGUUGCCAACGUCCAGUGUAUCCGUUUUUUAUUAGAUAGAGGGUUCAAAUUUGUAUUGACUAGAAAAUUUUCAAGCGACCCCAUCGAAUCCCUGUUUGGGACCCUUCGACGCAGCGCUGGCUGCAGUGAUAUGCUAGAUGUGAGAAGCGCUCUUUCGGGCUUGAGAAGAUGCUGAAG